GAGGCGUCUACCUGUGGCGGGUGAACGAAUCCCCGCACCUCGGGCCGUAGGAGACUCGGGUUUCUGCUACUCCUGCCUUGCAGCCCUCGGUGGGGUACAGUCUCGGUCCUUAAGGCCACGCCCCAAGCCUCCUCAUUGGCCCUUGAAGGCACGUGGUCUGUUGGUCCCGCCUUCGGGUGGCCUGAGAGGCGGCACGGAAAGCCGCAUGGACAGCUUGGCCCCAGGCCGAUGGAGACGACGCAGGACCGAGGAGCUCUCGGCUGCAGGAGACGCGAAACGUGCAUGCAGAAGAUCAGAGGCUGGUGGGCUUGAGUACAAUAGCCACAUGGUAAGCACCUGUACCCUGCUGUCCUGGAGUACAGAGGACCAGGAGCCAUGGCCACGAGGCCAGCCUGCACCACAACCAGAGUGUAGCCAGGAGAGGCCGAGCUCAGUGGUUCUGCAGAACGGCGGAAGGAAUUCAACCCAGCCUUGCCUGAGAUGUAUUGCAGGGGAAUCUGGCCAUUUUAACCAUACCGGGAAUCAUUAGAAGAUGCAAGCGGGAAGAAGGAAGUUUCCAGUUGGGUUUGAAUCCCUGUGUGAUGGCCAGUCCAAAUCCCUUACAGCUGACCUGGGUGCCCACCUGUUCAUUGACAGCCAGGGCUCCCUGCAGGGCUUGUUUGCCUCUCAGCUAAUCCCACUUCCUCUGCAGAAGGCCAGAGACAUCCAGAGUGUGGUGGCUCAUUGCAGCCUCCUUUCUAGUGUGUUCUGCUGGAGAGGAAAUUAGCUAGAAGUCAACAAAUUCCAUAUCAAACUGCCUAGAGCUUUUGGAACCUUGUAACUCAUGUAAUCAUAAGGCACAGCUGGAGAUCUCCCUGCCUUUGGACUUUGGGGUUUUUUCUAGACAUAACCGGGGCUAUUCACAUGUUCUUUUUUAAUUAAAAGACUUAUUUUUAUAUUUAAAGUGCUCUAUAAUCUUGAAGUGAAUUUUACUAAAUGUUAAUGUUCAAUCAAGCUGUGUAAUUCUCCAACUGUUGUUAUGAGGGACAGAACCUCAUUGAUAUUAAAAUGGAAAUUUUGGGCA